GAACAUUUGUAUCUGCUUUCACCGUGCUGUGUGGAGCCCGGACCGACCUCCCGGACAGGCACAUGUGUUGUGUCUUCUGGCUGAACAUUGCUGCUGCUCUGAUCCAGAUCCUGACAGCGAUCGUGAUGGUUGGCUGGAUUAUGAGUAUAUUUUGGGGGAUGGACAUGGUCAUUCUUGCAAUUUCACAAGGCUACAAGGAACAGGGGAUCCCACAGCAGCUGUAG